UCCAAUGCAGCGUGUUGUCAUUGACGACGAAAUACUUGUAUUUCAGGAAAAAGUCAAAAAUAAUAUAAGAAAACGUGUGAUAGCGGCAGCAUUAAGUGUUUUCACAACUAUGCUUGUAGUUUUUAUACCAACUGGCAUCUUAGUCUCUAACGACUCGGACAAACCAAAUAUAACAUCUGUAACAAAUACAACAGAUGUUUCCACUACACGAUGGCGUGAACGCGAUGACCACUCAUUUGAAGUCACUACGUCACCAAUAGCGCAUGUGACAACGCCCGCAGACCCUGUUCUUACUUCCCGUGGUACCCCAACUGAACCAGCACCGGGUCCAUCAAUGCCAUGCGAGGAGGUUACAUGCCCCGAAGGUUGGUAUUUGAAAUGCUAUGGUGCAGUAGUAUCGUGUUAUAAACUAGAAGUAAAUCUUACAACCUGGCAAGAAGCGAAUGAUAACUGCGAAACUAUGGGUGCUCAUUUGGUAUUCAUUACAGAUGAUGAAGAAGCAGAAUUUUUGGGGACAGCGAUGGCUGAUGUAUCUACGGAUGGUUGCGACCCACUGUAUUCGUGCCGUUAUUUUAUAGGCAUCAGACUUACUUCCACAGGAUUCGAGUACACAAAUGGUGAAAGUGUCAGCUACUUCCGUUGGAAGCAGGGUGAACCAAAUGAUGUAAACGAGCAACAUAACUGUGUUGUUGUUACAAGAUUGUCGGAAUGGAAUGAUGUGCUUUGUACCCAGCGAAGAAGAUAUGUGUGCGAGUUUGAAAUACAAGUAUGA